AUGUCUAAAAUUGAAUUUACAACACCAUUAAAUGAUACAAUUGAAGUUAAAUGGUCAGAUGGUAAUGUAUCAAAAUAUCAUAAUAUUUGGUUAAGAGAUAAUUGUCACUGUUCAAGUUGUUAUUAUUCAAUUACAAAACAAAGAUUAUUAAAUACGUCAAAGAUAAAUUUACAUAUAAAACCUAAAGAAAUCGAGAUACAAGAUGGUAGAUUAUAUGUAAUUUGGGACCAAGAUUCACAUGAAUCAAAUUAUGAUUUUGAUUGGCUCUUCAUCCAUUCUUAUAAUCCGAGAUUAAUUCCAAUUUCUUCAAAAUUAAAAGAUCCAAAACAAUUAUUAAAGAGAAAGUUAUGGCAAGUUAAAGAUAUAAAAGAUAACUUACCUCAAGUUGAAUUUGAGACUGUCAUGAGUGCUACUGAUGAUGAUGAAUCUGCAAUUUUAGAUUGGUCAUUGAAACUUCAUCAAUACGGUUUUUGUUUCAUUAAUAAUGUUCCUGUUACUCCAGAAGAUACAGAAAAAUUAUGUGAAAAGUUAAAUUAUAUUAGACCAACCCAUUAUGGUGGAUUUUGGGAUUUUACCUCUGAUUUAUCUAAAAAUGAUACUGCUUAUACUAAUUUUGAUAUAAGUUCUCAUACUGAUGGUACUUAUUGGUCUAAUUCACCAGGAUUACAAUUAUUUCAUUUAUUAUAUCAUGAUGGACAAGGUGGAACUACUUCAUUAAUUGAUGCUUUUAAAUGUGCUGAAAUAUUGAAACAGAAAUAUCGAGAAAGUUUUGAAAUAUUAUCAAAAAUACCUGUUCCUGCUCAUUCUGCUGGUGAACCUAAAGUAUGUAUACAACCAGAUGUCCCUCAACCAAUUUUCAAACAUGAUUUGAAUGGAGAUUUGAUUCAAGUUAGAUGGAAUCAAUCAGAUCGUUCGACAAUGGAUCACUGGGAAAAUGUAGAUGAUGUACCUAAAUUUUAUAAAGCUUUAAGGGACUGGUGUGAAAUUAUAACUAAUAAAGAUAAUGAAAUAUCCUAUCAAUUAAAACCUGCUCAAUGUUUAAUAUUUGAUAAUUGGAGAGUUUUCCAUCUGAGAUCCGAAUUUACAGGUAAAAGAAGAUUAUGUGGUGCUUAUUUAGAAAGGGAUGAUUUUAUACUGAGAACGAAAAUUAUGGCAUUAGGUAGACAACCUGUAUUAGAUAGUAUAUAA